UCAAAUAGGCUAUUAGUAGGCUAAAGAAAAUAAGCCGCAAUAAUUGUCCAACAAGCGUUUUUAGUCUGUCUUUUCAUGGGACUAGACAAAAUUUAAAAGGAGUAUUCGUGGCAGCGAAGAGGCCCGAUGCGUAAUUGCGCAACAUAACAAUGAAGACAGCAAGCUCGAGAUGUAGCCUAUAGCCAGUUAAGCAUAGGCAUAUUAGCCCAUCAUUCAUAAGCUCAAUGUUAGGCCUAAUACUGCAGUGAGUUUAUCCAGUCAAUAUACACAGCGAAAGAAAAAGUUUAUCAGAUAAUUAAAUCAUAUAUAGGAUCUAUUUGAUGUAUGCCUGUGCGCUCCUAAACUUCACUGAGUGUGCGCCCUAAUAGACGCAGCAGUUAAAUAAGAUAUCCUCAUGGUCUGUUGAGUCUGGGUCUUCCGUGUGUAUCAACGUAUUCUGUGUUUAUUUUGUUUAUGCUUCACAAUGCUAACCGGAAUGUAGGUAGCAGCCAUCUGGAAAUGAGGUAAUCGGCUCGGUCAUCCCUUAUAAAUUUGUAUGCCCAAAUAUGGUAGUAAAUCGCACCAAAGAUUUGAAGGCACCAAUCAAUAGCCACGAUACCCUGCUUUUGCAGAUAGGGGUUACUUUCUCAUACCAGACUGAAUUGAUUUUAAAAAAAAUCUAAUAAGGUCCCCAAGGGGACUUUACAAUUAAGAGGUUAAACAAGCACUGAGGAGACCCCACGCAACAAUGCCUUGGCACAACGAAGGAGCAAGAGUUACAGGCAAUCAAUGCGAAGCUGUGUUGAAGCAACUCAUCUGGCAUACACAUCAGGCCUUCUGACAGCUCUAAGAAUACCAAGAAGUAGAAAGGCUCCAAAGUCAUGUGAUAUCACAAAACAGGUUGACCCAGACCAAGUAGCACUUCUGGUGAAGAAGGAAUGGCAGCUGUCGUAUGUCACACCUUUGUACCAGUUCAGACACACUCAGUUGAAAUCCUACUCAAAGCAACUAUCGGCUUUCAUGGUAUCAGAGAAGCAACAGGGCCUGGCGAUUGAAGUUGGUCAGGAGUUGGGCUUCAAGGUCAAUUUUUCUGUGGUCCUUGGGUUGGCAGAGACGGAUAAAGAUGCUGAGACAGUUUUCAUACAGAUUCUCUCCAGACAAGUGUUUUCUGCAAAAGAUGAUGCUCCGAAGGUUGUGUGGAGUGGCUGGCUGACCUGCGUCAACGGUGACUUGGAUUAUCUCCGAUCACUACCCCUGGAAUUUGUCAGUUUGCCUUUGUUCUGCACCAGAGGACCAGAAUCGCUCACAGUGUUGGUCAAAUCCUGGUUUGAAAAGACAUUUGACUGUUGCUUCGGCCCUCUUGGUAUCAACUCUACCAACCUCCAGUGGCUCGCAUCCCUAUGGACUGGGUGCCACCCCACCAUCAACAUCCAGUACCUGAAACUGGUCUGGACUCUCCCAACACUACCCCCUAUGGAUGUUACGUACAUCGUCCACCCACAAGAUGCCUGGGAGCUUUGGGACAGCAUGCGGCAGGUUGACACGACAGAGGACAGCAUCAGCAUUGAUGAGGUCACUGGGUUCAUCAAAGGGCUGCAGUCACACUUCUUCAGGCACUUCAGGAUAGACUUGUCCGCUGGGUCAUUGAUGCAGAUCUCCACGGCUUUGGGUUCUUCUCACCAUAGUGGAAAAAUCAAGAUUGCGAGCCCUAAUUACAUCCCCACCAUCCUGCAACUGCUGACAGAAUGUGCUCUUCUGAAGAUGCCAAUCUAAGCAAGACUGACAUCACAAAUCAAUGUUUGUGUUUUGUAAAAUACCUGUAUACCCCCAAAAUUACUGUCCAUAUGAAAUUAAACAAUUUUACUAUUUUUUUUAAAUAUUCAUGUAUUGUAUGAAAAGGCAAAUGCAUACAUCUCAAAAUAGCUAUGCUUUUGCUGAUUGUGUACCUUGCCAUUGUUCUGUGGUUUCAGUCACUCUAGAUAUUAUUCACUACAAGCGCAAUAGUGUAGAAGUAAAUGUGUUACAGCUUAAACUUGCAAAUGUUGGUUUUGUCAGUGUGGUGUGAUAGUUGAUUAAUCAGGUUUGAUACAUGGUAAACCGUCAAGUAACUUGGGCAGUUCUGAAGAUAUCAUUGUUACAGUCCAGAUACAGUAAAUCUGUAAGAGCCUGGUGAUUUCCUAAACGGUAGAGAUGUAACAACCAAAAAGAAUAGUACCUGUAAAUACAUUUCCAUUUUCAAAAACAAUUGUUUGAUGAGCUUAAAGUUUGAAAUAAAGUGUUUUUAUUAACAGCA